CUCUCUGAUCCGUUGUCCAAGGAAACAAGAAAAUAGAAAAGCUAAAUUAUGGCGGAGAACGAUAAAGGAGGGUCCGAGUAUUAUCUGGAGAAUGAUGAGAUAAAUGAUGUAGAACGUAACCUUAUUACUGGUAUCAGUGAGAAUGUAAUUUACAAUAAUGAUGAUCUCGCUGUUGAAGACGACGACAUUAACGAAGUUGCGAGAAAGUCAGUAUCAUCCUCAACCUCUUCAACGACAUACACUCAGCAAUGGCCUCGUAGUUUCAGGGAGGCGACAGAUUCAUACACAAUUGCUGUAUCGCCAAAUUUCGGCCUCCUCGGACGUUCGCCUUUCUUUAGACAAUCGUCUCACGAAAUCAGUGCCAGAACCAGCUUUGGUAAUGAUUAUAAGACCCCGUUGCUAGGUGAAAAUGAGAAUAGUUAUGAGAAAGAAGACUUGGAAACAAAAUCAAGGUCUUCUUGGUCAGUGAAAUCUUCAUUGCAUGAGAAUUUCAUUGAAGAACGUCCUAUCAGCCAAGGAUGCAGCUUUACACAAACUAUUUUCAAUGGAGUGAAUAUGUUGGCUGGAGUUGGGCUUCUUUCUACACCUUAUACGGUGAAAGAAGCAGGCUGGGCAAGCCUGGGAGUGCUCGUUCUUUUCGCAGUUAUAUGCUGCUAUACAGCUUCUCUCAUGAGACAUUGCUUUGAAAGCAAAAAAGGAAUUUUAACCUACCCUGACAUAGGAGAAGCUGCUUUUGGAAAAUAUGGAAGACUUUUCAUAUCUAUUGUUUUAUACACAGAACUAUAUUCCUGCUGUGUAGAAAUCAUUAUUUUAGAAGGUGAUAAUCUUUCAAUGUUAUUUCCCGGAGCAUCUCUUAAUUGGGCUGGUCUUAACUUGGACUCGAUGCAUUUCCUUGGAAUUCUUGCUGCCAUUGUUGUUUUACCAACUGUUUGGUUGAGAGACCUUAGAAUAAUCUCAUACCUUUCAGCUGGAGGAGUCCUCGCAACAAUUAUGAUUAUUAUUUGUGUGCUCUACCUCGGUACAGUGAAUGGUAUCGGAUUUCAUGAAACUAGUCCAGUGGUGAACUUGAGCGGGGUUCCUCUUGCAAUUGGCAUAUGUGGAUUUUGCUAUACUGGACAUUCUGUGUUCCCCAAUAUUUACCGCUCAAUGGCUGAUAAAACAAAAUUUAGCAAGGCAAUAAUUAUAAGUUUUAUAUUGUGCGUUGCGGCGUAUGGUGGUGUUGCAGUGAUGGGGUUUCUCAUGUUUGGUCAAGACACAUCGUCUCAGAUAACUUUAAAUCUACCAGCCAAUUUUUUUGCUUCAAAAGUUGCACAAUGGACAACAGUAAUUAAUCCAAUGACCAAGUUUGCUCUGCUGAUAAACCCACUGGCCCGGAGUAUAGAGGAGCUGCUGCCGGUUGGAGUUGCUGAUGCAGUAUGGUGUUCAAUUCUUCUGAGGACAGCACUUGUUGCCUCUUCCGUCUGUGUUGCAUUUCUUCUUCCAUUCUUUGGUCUUGUGAUGGCUUUAAUCGGGUCUCUUCUAAGUGUUCUUGUGGCAAUGAUAAUGCCGUGUUUGUGCUUCCUAAGCAUCUCAGGGAAGAAAGCAACAACGAUGCAGAAAGUCUUGAGUACGAUAAUUGUUGCGGUGGGAAUUGCUAGUGCAGUCCUGGGAACUGGUUCUUCCUUGUCAGAGAUUGCCAAGAAAAAGAAGAAGAAUAUUUAGGAGCAUUGGGACAUUGCUGACAGACUUUGAUAAACUGGUGUUUGAUGUCUCUAAGCAUGGCUUUACAUCUUUGUUUUAAAAUGUACUGUAACUAUCAGAUGAUGAUUAUAAUCUGCAAUUGCACGUUGAAGACA